AAAAUUCAGAUUCUUGCUUGCUCCCCUCAUUCACGCCGCGCUUUGCGCUGCUCCUCUCUUUUGCUUUCCCUUCUUCUCCUGUUGUAACGUUCAACAGAGCGAGAAUCCACCAAAAUGAGUCAAGACAAUGCGGAGCAGAAUAUUCAGAUGUGGAAGGUGAAGAAGCUCAUCAAGAGUCUCGACGCUGCCAGAGGUGCUGGUACUUCUAUGAUCAGUUUGAUCAUCCCUCCGAAGGAUCAAAUUUCUCGAGUCUCUGCGAUGUUGACUCAGGAAUACGGUACCGCCUCGAACAUCAAGUCUCGAGUAAAUCGACUUUCCGUUCUGGCUGCAAUUACAUCAACGCAACAACGUCUCAAGCUGUACAAUCGUGUGCCUCCAAAUGGUCUUGUGCUGUUCGUUGGCACUAUCCUCACGGAUGAAGGCAAGGAAAAGAAGGUGUCUUUCGACUUCGAGCCUCAUAAGCCUAUCAACACUUCGCUUUACCUCUGUGAUAACAAAUUCCACACGGAAGCCCUCCAAGAAUUGCUCGAAUCUGACUCCAAGUUCGGUUUCAUUGUCAUGGACGGUAACGGCACACUCUUCGGUACCGUUGCAGGCAAUACACGUGAAGUGAUUCACAAAUUCACCGUCGACCUGCCCAAGAAGCACGGUCGUGGAGGACAGUCGGCGUUGCGUUUCGCCCGUCUGCGUGACGAGAAGCGCCACAACUACGUCCGCAAGGUGUCCGAGUUGGCUGUGCAGCAUUUCAUUACCAACGAUAAGGUCAACGUGACUGGUUUAGUGCUAGCGGGCAGUGCGGAUUUCAAGACGGAGUUGAGUCUGAGUGACAUGUUCGAUCAGAGGUUGGCUGCAAAGAUCAUCAAGGUAGUGGAUGUCAGUUACGGUGGCGAGAACGGCUUCAAUCAGGCGAUUGAGCUUGCGGCCGAGUCAUUGGCAAACGUCAAGUUUGUCCAAGAGAAGAGGCUCAUCCAGAAGUACUUUGACGAAAUCAGUCAAGAUACCAACAAGUACUGCUUCGGUGUUGAGGACACCCUCAAGGCGCUCGAUCUCGGAGCUGUUGAGACGCUUAUCGUUUGGGAGAACCUUGACAUUACUCGUUAUGUUCUCCGGAAUGCUGCAGGCGAGGAGAUCAUCGUCCAUGCCAAUAAGGAACAGGAGAAGGAUCGCGAAAAGUUCAUCGAUAAGUCAACCGGCCUCGAAAUGGAACAAGUCGUCGAGCCUCAAUCUCUUCUUGAAUGGUUUGCCGACAAGUACAAGGAGUUCGGCGCCAACCUGGAAUUUGUCACCAACAAGUCGCAAGAGGGGGCGCAAUUCGUCAAAGGUUUCGGUGGCAUUGGCGGCUUGCUGCGCUACAAGGUCGACUUCACGAACUUGGCGACCGUCGAUGAUGAGGAAGAAGACGAGUUCAUGAGCGACGAUGAAGACAUCUGACGGGUAUGGCGGCUCCAACCUUUUGGAGCCCUGCCUGACGAGGGCACGUCGGGCGGGGCGGAGGGCAGCGAUGCGAGUACCGAGGUUGUGAUUGGGAUGUGUUCGUCCGAGAGCGAGGGUGUCGACUCGGGCGUGCAACAGUUGGCUGAGCGUGCACAGCCUGUGGUAGUUGGAGGGGGUUUGCUUCAUUGCGGUUUUGAAGAAAAGAUGAGGAUCAUACAUAGCGGGUUCGACGAUUUCAGGAUCGGAUGGAGCGGCCAUUGGAGGGAUCAUCAAGCACCCAAAUACGGGGUUGGGUUGGUUGUUUGUAGUGUCACAGGGUGACGAGUGAAUCAUCAACCAUCACGGUUCGCAUCCCAAAUUCUUUUAUCGGUUUCACAUAACUAAUUGCUUUUUUUCUGAAGAAAUUAUCAUGAUACGGCGUGACCGUCGGAAUAUUAUUUGUACUUCUCUGUCUGAGCUUUGAGCAAUGUCAUACAGCUAUUGCUUGUUGUUCUGCUUUAUUCUUCCGUUCAUAACUGAGUUGUGGGUAUCCAACCGCUGGUCCUCUUUGACUAAUAUACCCGGCAUGUCUAGGUUUUUGUG